GGCCAGACAUCUGUGUCUAUGAUUACCUGUCAGCUUGAUAACCAGAGCCCCUGCAGCUGAGAACAUCAUUGUUCAUCCUGUGCAUCACCAUGAAGAACCUUCACCUCCUCCUGCUCUGCGUCCUGGGUGCCGCCCUGCUGUCCUCUGUGCUCUGCAUCAAUUCCCUGGGACCUAAUGACUGCUGCUUCAACCAUUAUCCCAGAAGAGUGAAGAAGAGCCUCAUCAGCUCGUAUUAUGUCACUGACUUCCGCUGUCCUAAGACUGGAGUCAUCUUCGUGACACAAAACAAAAGCCGCAUUUGCGUGGAUCCGGAACUUUCCUGGGUCCAGGGCGUCAUGAAGGACUUGGAUGAAAAAUCAUUUUAAAGCUUCCCCCGUCUGGAGACAAAUGCAUCACUGAAAUAUUAUUUUUUUGAAUCAUUAUUUCAAAGUAUUAUGACAAUUUGUAUCUUUAAAAAAAAAAUAUCGGAAGGUUUCCAAUAUUACUGUGCAACCUAGCUGGAACUUUCUCCGUGCUUGAUGACAUGCUGUUCAAUUUACAAUCAUCAUAAAGAAUCGUACAAAUAA